AUGGGCCUCGCCGGCCUCAAGACCUCGUGGCAGCGCCAGACAAAGUACUUUGGCCACGACAACGCCUCCCGCUACUCCGUCCUCAUCCUCGACAACCGCGGCAUGGGCGAGUCUGACGUGCCCUACUGCCGGUACACGACGUCCUCCAUGGCCCACGACGCCCUCGAGGUCCUCACCCACGUCGGCUGGACCGCCUCGCGCAGCGUCCACCUCGUCGGCAUCUCCAUGGGCGGCAUGAUCUCCCAGGAGCUCGCCUUCGCCUCGCCGUCCCUGUUCGCGUCCGUCAGCUUCCUCUGCACGGCGCCCUGGAUCGAGAACACCAAGCCCUUUGUCGAGAACCUCAAGGACAGGGCGUCGAUGCUGAUCCCCAAGAGCGCCGACCGCAGCAUCGCCGACACGGCGCUGAAGCUCUUCCCCGCCGACUGGCUCGUUAUGCCCGACGAGGCGGCCGAGCUGCCCAACGACGCGACGCCGCGGUGCGGUCCCGCCGACGGCGGGCAGGGGUACGGCCGGUUCGACAGUAACUACCAGAGGUUCCAGGCGCAGGAGCUCGUGAAGCGCCACACGCCGGGCCUGUUCACCAUCCGCGGCUUCUUGCAGCAGCUCGUUGCGGCAGGGUGGCACCACAAGUCGCCCGCGCAGCUGCGGCAGCUCGGGGACGCGGUGGGAAGAGAGCGCAUCGCCGUCAUCCACGGCACGGCUGACAUCAUGAUUGACGUGCACCACGGGAGGUUGCUGGCGAAGCACCUGGAGCCUGGGGUUGUGGAGAUCGUGGAGGGGAUGGGGCAUGCACCCGUCAUGGAUAGGGUUCCGUGGUUCAACAAGUGGUUAGAGGAACGCAUCGCCACGGUGGAAAAGUUGAAUCAGUAG